UUGGAAUUUUAAUAUCUCCUGCUGAUUUAUUUUAAUUGAGUUUAAGCUUGGAUGAAAUAAACCUAUAGAUAAUCGUGAAAAGAAUAAAAUGCGUGAAGUACUAGGCUUAAUUUUUGUACUUUGCAGUUGUAUGCCGAGUUCAAUCAGAGCUGCUGAAAUUGACUUGGGAAGUGAGAAAACGGCACUAAGAUCGAAGUUACUUCAAGUUUUUGAUAUUUCGAGACAAAAUCAAAUACUUUUGGAUGAUGUACUGAAUAAAACAUUUUAUGAGAUUGAAGAGAGUAUCGCGAAUAUUCCAAAAGAAGACGAGCAAUUAACGACUGAUAGACUUGCAACACAAACUGAGGCACCCGCUCAGGCUGAUCAACAAUGUGGACCACAAAGAGUAUGUGUACCGAAAGAACAGUGCAGAUAUAAAACCUUUGGGAAGUGUGCCAAUGAUAAGUUCUGUUGUGGAGUCAAAGGGUCACCAAUUUAUAAUCAGAAUAUGUGCGGCUAUGGCAUAGAGGUGACCCCAAAUCGACCUUUUCAAGUGGGAGCCAAAAGGCAAGCCGAAAUCACUGAGUUCCCCUGGAUGAUCGCUGUUUUCGAGGGAGAGGAGUUCAUAGCUACCGGUGUCCUAAUAAGCGGAGAUAAAGUUAUUACUAGUGCUUCCAAGCUGGAUGGAAAGAAUCCGGAUAAAAUUAGGGUCGUAGGCGGGGAAUGGACAUUGCCGGACAGCAAGCAAACGUAUCCACCUCAGAGACGCCUGGUUGAGCUGAUCAUACUACACGAGAACUUCAAAAACAAUAAGAAGUACAAUGACAUUGCUCUGAUUCAACUGAAGAUGCGAUUCAGUGAUGUGGAAUACAUAAAACCCAUUUGUUUGUCCGACUCAUUGGCUGGAAUCGAUUUAAACAAAUGCCAAGUCACAAACUGGGGAAAUCAAAACUCAGCUCUGCGAUCUUUCUCCAUUUUCCCAAUGAACGCCAACGAUUGCGAAAAUACAAUAACGAAACAAAAUAUCAAUUGGUUUGGCGAUUUCAUACGCGAGAACGUCAUUUGUAUUAGAGCCGAACCGGAUAUCAAAGCCUGCGGUGUCGAUAAUGGAUCCCCGCUUGUUUGUCCCUUCUUAAAAUCCCCCCAGCAAUACACUUUGGUCGGGUUAGCCAAUUGUGGCUGGAAAUCUGCUCAGUUCGCCAGCAAUCGAAUGCCGGAUAUUUAUGCAUUUGCACAAUAUUUUGCACCAUGGAUAAGAACUAAUUUAAACCCAGACUUACUUCAGAAUGUAGAUGUUGGGCCCAAAUUAUAAAUAUUUUUACUAUCUUGAAUUCUUAAAUCUAUAAAAUGAUGUAAUCCUAACUUCAAAUUAUUAAAAUAGAAUUAUUGAUUAUUUUGAUUUUACAAAGA